UGUUCCCUGUGUUGCUGUUUUGGCUGCAUUACUUUGAAGUAUAGGUUACCCAGUUGCAUUGGUUCGACGUUUUAAGGUGGGCCAUCGGUUUGACUCGGUGCACCUAAAAGUUCUUCGAAAACUUAGCUAGCUAACACUCGGGCGUGGAACGAGACACGACUAUGUCGGUACCAUUCUCAGGCACAGAACAUGCGAACCAGCAUUCACGUGUGAGCAGUCAUAAAAAGCCUGGCUUCCUCGAACGAUUAAGCGAGACUGCAGGAGGGAUGGUCGUUGGAAUUGCUGUGUUUGCUUUCUCCUUUUAUGUACUCUUUACGAAUGAGGGCAGGGCAAUACGCACAGCAGCUUCCCUGGAUGAAGGCCUCUCUCAGGUGGUAUCCGUGCACCCAUCUUCAGGUGUUGACUUCCAGAACAACGGCCGUCUGAUUCAUAUAUCCGGACCUCUGCGCACCUCCCAGCCUAUUUAUGACCCGAACUACAACAUAGCAGUGCAGGCAGUCAAGCUGAGGAGAGAGGUGGAGAUGUACCAGUGGGUGGAACAUCAAGAGAGCAGGGACUAUGAAGAGAACGGAGAAACUAAGACUGAGACCACAUAUACAUACAACACGGAAUGGCGGGCAGAGAUCAUCAACAGCAAGAAUUUUGAUAAAGAAAUCGGUCAUGUGAAUCCAAGUGCCAUGGCAGUUACGAGUGUAACAGAAGUGGCUUCGCAGAUUCAGGUUGGAAGAUUCUUUCUCUCCAAAGGUUUGGUGGAGCAGAUUGAUAAUUUUCAGACUCUGAGUCUAAAGGGAUUCCAUGGGGCAGAUGAUUUUAUGACUGUGCAUGACGAUUACUUCUACCAUACCCUUGACCCUCGUCGACCAGAGGUGGGGGACGUGCGUGUGAGAUUCUCCUAUGCAGGUCUCAGUGGGGAGGACUCAUACCUAGGGCCUGCCCAGAAGGUCAGUAUCGUAGCCAUGCAAAGAGAUGAUCAGCUGAUGCCCUUUAAGACCAAAGCAGGUGAUGAACUGGAGAUUCUGUUCCUGGAGGAACUUUCUGCUGAGGAAGUGUUUCAACGAAAGCACCAGCAGAACACAAUGCUAACCUGGGCUCUAAGGGUCGGAGGCUGGGCUCUCAUGUUCCUGGGUGUCAGUCUGUCCACUCGCAUUGUCCACACUCUCGUUGACUGGGUGCCACUCCUCAGAGAACUUGUCCUAUUGGGUUUGAAGCUCUUUGCCCUCUGUGUGUCCUGCUCCCUAUCACUCCUCACCAUAGCUGCAGGUUGGCUGUACUACCGUCCACUCAUAGCCGCACUAGUGGUCUCACUGGCAGCGCUUCCAAUCCUUUUGGGUCGCUCACAGAUCCCAGACAAAAAACGCCAGUGAUGUUAAACCUCACACACUCCCUGAACUCAUUGAUGACUCAUUUGUAUCACGGAGAAAUGCUUUGCGCCAUUGUCAUCAGCUCCCUCAGUCAGAACCCACUCAGUCAACGGGAAGUGGUACGACAAAAAGCCAGACAUAAAUAGGAGGAACACAAAACAUUGUAAUGUUAUUAUAAUUGUCCUAAUGAAUGUAUAACUGAUGUAUU